CAGGGCCUAUCUAACCUCACUCUAACAACGUUUAUCCAGUUUAUCGUAAACGUAAAUAACAAUACAAAAAUUGCUAUUUAAGAUGCAAUUAAUAAAUUAUCAAUGAAGUGUCUAUUAAAUAAAAACCCCAUAAGUAUUGGUAAACAUUUAAUCAAAACCCUUACAACAUUCCCAAUCCCGAUGGGCGAUUCUACCGAAAUUAAAAAACCGAAAUACGACGGUAGAUCGAAGAAACGGCAAUGGCAAGACCGCAGAUCAGACAAUAGUGCGAAACUUUUAAAAAUCGACGCAACUUCAACUUCAACACAACCUUUACCGGACAAGAUAAAGCGUCGCAAAUACGCAAUUCUAAUGGGCUACUCUGGAGUAGAUUAUUACGGCAUGCAACGAAACCCCAACACAAAAACCAUAGAAGAAGAAUUAUUCAAAACCUUAUUUGAUUGUGAUUUUAUAGAUCAGUUAUGUUAUGAUCAAGUGCAAAACAUGCAAUUUCAACGAGCUGCUAGAACUGAUAAAGGAGUAAGUGCUGCAAGGCAAGUUGUCUCUUUAAAACUAAAAGAAACCUUCAAUAUUGAAGCUGUUAAUGAAAAACUUAGCAGCCAAAUUAGGUUGUUUGCUUCUAAACGGGUUACUAAAGGGUUUAAUUCAAAAACCCAAUGCGAUGGUAGGACAUAUAUUUAUGUUACACCUUCAGUUGUAUUUAGUGAUCAGCAAGAUCUACCUCAGCAAAAAGGUUUUAGAAUAUCACAGCAACUUUUGGAUAAAAUUAAUGAAACCUUAGCAUUGUAUGUAGGCACUAAAAGCUUCCAUAAUUUUACAAUUAAAAAAAAGUAUGGAGAUCCUAGUGCCAAACGUUUUAUAAAAGCUUUUACUUGUGAACCAACUUUUAUUGAAAACGAUGUUGAAUUUUGCACCCUCAAAGUCCAUGGGCAAAGCUUCAUGAUGCAUCAAAUCCGGAAAAUGGUUGGACUUGUUUUGGCUGUGAUGCGCGGCCAAGCAACAUUGGAAGUUGUUGCUAAAGCUAUUGGAGAAGAUAAGGUCAACAUUCCCAGAGCACCAGGUUUAGGUUUACUUUUAAACUAUGUCCACUAUGAUCGCUACAACUUCAAAUACGGUUCAGAUGGUAUGCACGAAACCCUCACCUGGGAAGAAGUAGACCAACAAGUAGAAGAAUUCAAACAUCGCCAAAUCUUGCCUACCAUCAUUAACACAGAAAUAGCAGAAGAACAAAUGGUUUGGUGGGUCAAAAACAAACUAGCAAGACAUUCUUUUGACGAUGAAGAAAGUGACGAUGAACAAUAAUGUUAAAACCGCAUAUAAAUAAAC